UUCUCGCUCAGAUUAGGGUAAGUUCCUUCAAACCCUAGGCUUCUUCCAAGCCCUUUUCUUGUCCUAUAUUCCUUGAUCGGUGGCGCGUGGGGCAAAUUGGUGGCGCGUGAGGAUCAUAUUCGAGCUUAUUCAUGGUGGUUUAUCUCUCAAUUGGAUUCGGAAACCCUCGUCGGAGCUCUGCCGGGCCCGUAGAGAAGGCCAAAUCUAAUUCCGUACUUCCAUGGCUUCGGCCGUUUUAGCAAACCGAAACGAGACCAAUUGGCCACAACCCAUAGUCGGAGCUAGAGCAAAAUUCAUGGGGAAAGUUCCUAAGCACAAAAAAUCCAAGAGACAAUUCCAAUUUCAUGCAACUGCCGGUGACGUUAACGGGUGUCAGAUCGACGAGUCUUCGGCCGUGACCCAGACAGCGUCGGACGAUGCGUCGUCGAUCAAUCAUCGGAGAUCGGGCGAGCUCAAUUUGGGUCAUUCCCAAUAUGUGUCGUUUAACAUGGGAUCGUUUUCGAGCAAAGAACUGGGAGAGCUGAAGAAUCGGCUAAUGUCAGAGCUCGAUCGAACACGACAAUUGCAAAACCGAAUCGACGCCGGAGAAUUUGUCCCGUUGCCUAAGAAAUCUGGGCCCGGGAAGAAAUCUGGUUUGAAACGGCCUUUACCCUCGAAUUCGAAUCAAUUUGCCAAAGAUUUGAGCUCCAAUUUCAAGCGAUCGCAUUGGGAAAACCCGAUUUUGAUGAAGAAUUGCAGUCCAAUAUUGUCGAAGCUGAUGAAGCAUAAGCACGCAUGGGUCUUUAACAAGCCUGUCGAUGCCCCUGCCGAGGGGCUCCACGAUUAUCACGACAUAAUCAAGCGCCCGAUGGAUCUGGGUACCGUUAAAUCGAACCUUGCCAAGAAUCUCUACGCUUCGCCUGUGGAUUUCGCUGCUGAUGUGAGGCUAACGUUUCACAACGCCAUGACCUAUAAUCCCAAGGGCCACGACGUUCACGCCAUGGCCGAACAGCUUCUCGCGAGGUUUGAGGAGCUGUAUCAGCCUCUAAAAGAGCAAUUGGGCGAAGGUCCGGGAGCCGAACGGCCUUACGAUGAUGAGCUGCAGGCGAGUUCGUGGGAUCAUGUGGAGCCGGAGAGGCCAAAACGUGAAGAGUCGUCGUUCAGAGCAGAGAAGAAACCAGAGCCUGAACGGGUGCAUGCGCCUGCGAGCUCGUCAAACCCUGCUCCUCCUCCGCCUCCUCCUUCGGUUCAAUCACCAGUUCGUACGCCAUCGCCCAUGCGGGCACCGCCCGUCAAGCCUUUGAAGCAGCCGAAGCCGAAGGCAAAGGAUCCAAAUAAAAGGGAGAUGAGCAUGGAAGAGAAGCACAGAUUGGGAGUUGGGUUGCAGAGUUUGCCACAGGAGAAGAUGGAACAAGUGGUUCAGAUCAUAAAGAAGAGAAAUGGGCAUUUGAAACAGGAUGGUGAUGAGAUUGAGCUCGACAUCGAAGCCGUCGAUACGGAGACUCUUUGGGAGUUGGAUCGUCUUGUCACCAAUUGGAAGAAGAUGGUCAGCAAGAUUAAACGACAAGCUCUCAUGAACAAUACCAUUGGCAGCAACAACCAUAGCAUGGCUGCCCAUAAAGGCAAUGUGGAAUCAAGGGUGAGCGAAAAGGCUGAAGCUGGUCCACCAGAGCCGAAAAAGGCAAAGAAAGGAGAAGCUAGGGAUGAAGAUGUGGACAUUGGUGACGACAUGCCCAUGAGUAGCUUUCCUCCAGUUGAAAUCGAGAAAGAUGUUGGAGAACACCAUAAUGGUGGUGGUGGUGGUGGUGGGAGUAGUAGUUCUAGCAGCUCAAGCAGUUCAAGUAGUGAUUCCUCGUCAUCCAGUGAUUCAGAUUCUGGUAGUAGUUCAGGGAGUGAUUCCGAUGAUGAUAAUGCCCACUCGUAGUUUCUCAAUGCGGCUUUGAAUUGGAAUUAUAGCCAAGGAGUCUUAACUGAUGAUAAAAAACGAACGCACCUGAUUGGGUGUGUGUGAGAAGAAUGAACUUUAUGAAGAAAGUAAUGCCAUCGGCAUUGGCAUUGGCAUUGGCGGAUCCUUUCCACCGACGAGAAGAGGAGCUUCACAGGUGGGCGGGAGAUAUAUAUCGAUGAGGGACAGCAGGUGAGAGAGAGGGAAAGGGUUCGUGGUCUCCCCCCAAGUAUGAAUGGGAUGGAUGGUGUUGAGUUAGUUAAGUGUUAUUAUACAAAAAAAAAUUGUAAAGAGAUGACCUUUUGUAGGAUAUUUGAUUAGACACCUAGAAUCAGAUGUAAUGAACAACGUUGUGUAAACUUCACAUUCCCUCCUUAAUCUUUGAAUCCAAUAAAUAUUUACCUAUUGGUUUCUAAUUAAUAAUACCAAUCUUUAAACAGCAAAUUGUGACA